AGCACUUUUCCCCGCAACUCGUUGUCCAGACGUAAAUAUGCGUUCAAACAAUCAGAAACAAAAUUUGUUUUAGCUUAAAUCAAAAUUUGACAAAAAUAGACUCAAAUGUUUUAAAGUUGACCAAUCAACUGAGAAAUAUCGCUAAAUCGAUUAAAGUGACGUCAUUUGUGAAUGGCUUUUCCGGCUUACGAAGUUUCUGGAAAGAUACCGAACGCGAAUGCUCAGCGCUGCGACGAGAGCGGCGCUGGUAGGCGAUAGUCGUUUAUGGGCGAAGCCGGUGGUCGGUGGCCGCGUGGUGUGUGAGAGUUGGAUUGGUUGCUGUGGUGGAAUUAAAAGUGAACCAGCACUGAUCUGGCAGAAAUGUCUGUGGUUGGUUUCGACUUUGGCAAUGAGUCAUGCUACAUAGCUGUGGCAAGAGCUGGUGGAAUCGAAACAAUUGCCAAUGACUUCAGUCAGCGACAGACGCCGUCAUGCGUGGCGUUCGGUCCCAAGAACCGUCUGCUGGGCGUCGCCGCCAAAAAUCAGCAAGUUACCAAUCUGAAGAAUACAGUGGUCAACUUCAAGCGUCUGAUGGGCCGCAAGUACCGCGACCCGCACGUGACUCGGGUGCUCGCCGACCUGCCCAACACGUUUGUGGAAACGGAGGACGGCGGGGUGGGGGUCAAGGUGCAGUACAUGGGUGAGGACGCAGUCUUCCGGCCCGAGCAGCUCACCGCCAUGCUCUUCACCAAACUCAAGGAGACGGCAGAGGCGGCGCUCAAAAUCAAAGUCGUCGAUGUCGUCAUCUCGGUGCCCUGUUUCUUCACGGACGCCGAGCGGCGCGCUCUGCUGGACGCCGCCCAGAUGGCCGGCCUGAACGUGCUGCGACUGAUGAACGAGACCACGGCCACCGCGCUUGCGUACGGUAUCUACAAGCAGGACCUGCCCGCCGCCGAGGAGCCGCCUCGUAACGUCGUGUUCGUCGACUGCGGCCAGUCGGCCGUCCAGGCGGCCAUCUGCGCCUUCAACAAGGGCAAACUCAAGGUCCUCUCCACCUCCUGGGACACGACGGCCGGCGGUGCCGAGUUCGACCGGCUGCUCACCGACCACUUUGUGGCCGAGUUCCGCACAAAGUACCGCGUCGACGCCGAGAAGAACGCGCGCGCCCGCCUCCGCCUCGCCACCGAGUGCGCCAAGCUGAAGAAACAGAUGUCGGCCAACUCGACCCGGCUGCCGAUCAACAUCGAAUGCUUCAUGGAGGACAAGGACGUAUCCGGCUACAUGGAGCGGGCCACCUUCGAGGAGAUGGCGGCGCCGCUGCUGACGGCCGUCGGCGCCGCGCUGCGACGCUGUCUGGAGAACUCCGGCCUGGCCACCUCCGACAUAUACGCCGUGGAGAUUGUGGGCGGCGGCAGUCGCGUGCCGGCCAUCAAGGGGCUCAUCGAGCAGGUGUUCGGCCACAGUCCGAGCACCACACUCAACCAGGACGAGGCGGUGGCGCGCGGCUGCGCGCUCCAGUGCGCCAUGCUGUCGCCCACGUUCAAAGUGCGCGAGUUCUCCGUGACCGACCUGCAGCCCUACCCGAUCCGGCUUCUCUGGGAGACCGGCGACAUGGAGAUUUUCCCUAGGAAUCAUGAGGUGCCCUUCUCUAAGAUGUUGACGUUUCAUCAAGUAGAGCCAUUCACGAUAACCUGUAAAUACAGUGGAGACAUUCCAUACCCCGACCCCUUCAUAGGAUCGUUCACGGUACAGAACGUCACGCCCGGCGCCGACGGCGAGUCACAGAAGGUCAAAGUGAAGGUGCGCAUCAACAUCCACGGCGUGUUCACGGUGGCGUCUGCCACGCUGCUGGAGCGGGUGGAGGAGGCGCCCGCGCCCGCCGGGGACGCUACCACCACGCCGAUGGAGACGGACCCGGCCGCGGCGCCGGCCGCCGAGCAGGGCGGUCCGGCCGCGGACGGUACUGCUGACGGUGACCGGGACACGUCUCCGCCGAGCGACGCCGCCAUGGAGACAGACGCCGCCAAACCGGAGACGCCCGCCGACAGCAAGGAGCAGGGCGACGUGAAGAAGGACAAGGUGAAGGUGCGGAAGACGGAGCUGCCCGUCGAGACGGUGGUGCCCGGCAUGUCGCCGCGCGAGGUCGGCAGCCUCACCGAGAAGGAGGGCCAGAUGAUCGCCUCCGACAAACAGGAAAAGGACCGACAGGACUCGAAGAACGCCGUGGAGGAGUACGUGUACGACCUGCGGAGUCGACUCCAGGACGACCUGGCCGAAUUUGAGCGCGACGAGGUGAAGACUUCCAUCAACGCCGAGCUGGACACGACGGAGAACUGGCUGUACGAGGAGGGAGAGGAGUGCCUGAAACAUGUCUACAUCGACCGGCUGGCGGACCUGAAGAAACUGGGCGAGCCGAUCAAGAACCGUCUGCGUGAGUUUGGCGAGCGGCCCGGCGCUUUGGAGGCCCUGAGCGCCUCGAUCCAGCAGUGUGACAAGGCGGUGAACGCAUACCGUGCCGACGACCAGCGCUACGCCCACCUGGACACCGCCGAGAUCGAAAAGGUGGAGAAGCACCUGACUGAGAAGAGGCAGUGGCUGGACAAGAACCUGGGCACCCUCUGCAACCUGGCCAAGACGCAGGACCCGCCCACCAGCGCCCAGCAGAUCUGGGCAGAGAAACAGGCGUUCGAGAACCUGGUGAACCCGAUCCUGAACAAGCCCAAGCCCAAGCCGCCGAAGGUGGAGGAGCCGCCGGCGGCUGACAAGCCUGAGGAGAAACCCGCCGAGAAGCCUGCGGACGCCAACAUGGAUGUCGAAUAGCGCGCGCCCCCGCCCGUCCGCACGCCCCCCGGGGCACAGACACAUCGCCACUCGCUAGCGUAAUGGGAGUCCGGGACGCGGUCCGGCAGUCCGGAAAGUGGACUGACAGGGGUCCGGGAGACUGGGCGCGGACUGAUAUGGCUCAGGCAUCGUCUGACGGCAGUUUGGGAGUCCGGGCACCGCGGACAGUGGUUCGUGAAUCGUGAUUCCGGAUACCGGCUGACGCGGGCCAGGAGUCCGGACUUCGCCUGACAGCGUUCCGGGGGUCCGGGAGCUGUCUGGCAGCGGUCCGGGAUUCCGGAUACCGUCUGUCAGCAGUCCGGGAUUCCGGACAGGGACCUGUGACCGCGGACAGUGCCGCCGACUGGCAGGCGAGUGACCGGAGCUAUUUAUUGGACGGUGGCAGGCCGACGGGUUUGGCCUCUUCUAACUGGACUGUCGCGUUUCGUCAUCAGUGACUUGCGUUGCGAUCCCGGAAGGUUGUUAUGUUCUGCUACGUAGCUGCAUAACGCCGCCUCCUCCGAAUUUAGUCAUCCUGUUACGUUUUGUAACCGGGCGUCGUCCGCCAUAAUUUUCGGAUUUCUGUAACAUUGCAUUCAAUAUACGUCAAAUAUAGA